AUGACAUUGAUGGAGAAUAUUUCAGAAGUAACUGAAUUUGUUCUUGUGGGGAUAACAGAUACAAUUGAGCUGCAAGUUCCUUUAUUCAUAGUCUUCACUCUUGUUUAUUUGAUCACGCUGGUUGGGAACCUUUGGAUGAUCAUCUUGAUUCUGCUGGACUCACAACUCCACACUCCCAUGUACUUUUUCCUCAGUAAUCUCUCUCUGUCAGACUGUGUCUAUGCCUCAGCUGUCAAUCCUAAAGUAAUGGAAGGGUUCCUCACAGGAAAUAAGAUCAUAUCCUACAAUACCUGUGCUGCCCAGAUGUUCUUCUUUGUGGCCUUUGCUACUAUUGAAAGUUUCAUUCUGGCUUCAAUGGCCUUUGACCAGCAUGCAGCAGUGUGUAAACCCCUACAUUACACCACCACCAUGACACAUACCACUUGUGUCCUAAUUGUCACUUGCUCCUAUAUGUGUGGACUUUUGGAAUCUUCAGUCCAUGUUGCCUUCACUUUCCACCUCUCCUUCUGUCAUUCCAAUGUGAUUAAUCACUUUUUCUGUGACAUUCCCCCCCUGCUAGCUCUCUCUUGUUCUGAUAUUUACAUAAACAAGAUCCUACUAUUUACAUUAGGUCUAUUUGAUGUCUUUUUCCCUCUGUUCAUCAUUUUGAACUCUUACCUGCUUAUUUUCAUUGAUAACCUGAGGAUGCAUUCAGCUGAAGCAAGGAAGAAGGCCUUCUACAACUGCACAUCCCACCUCACCACUAUAUGCAUCUUCUUUGGGACAAUCAUCUUCAUGUACCUACAGCCCAGCUCAAGUCAUUCCAUGGACAGCGACAAAAUUGCAUCUGUGUUCUACACCAUGGUCAUCCCCAUGCUGAACCUUCUUGUCUACAGUCUGAGGAACAAAGAAGUCAAAAAUGCAUUCAAGAAGGUUGCUGGAAGAGCAAAGUCAUCAUUGUGCUUAGCCAAGGAAAUGUAG